CUCUCUCUCUCUAUAUAUAUAUAAGCGUGUAGGAUAAUUAAGUGUCCCUCUCGCACCAUUUAAUUUCAUUGCACCCUCUCAAUUCUCUCUGUCAUUACUCUCUCAUCUCUCUUCCUCCAAGAUUUGCACCUACCUUUCAAACCUUUUGCUCGCCAACAAAACCGCGCUUCACAAAACCAUCAGCGGUUUUCCGAGAAACAAAUCUCAGACCAGACACCGCUCUACUCUUCUCUCUCUCUCCCUCUAGGGUUUCGUCGCUUCUUCCUAUAUCCCAGUUCAGAGAUGAAACCUUCAAGAAAACAAUAAAGAGGAAAGAUUAAAGGUUAGUAUUCCCUUGCCUACCAAAAAAAACAGAAAGGUUUGUAUUCUCUUCGUAUAUCCUUAUUUUCAUUAUACGUUUGGUUUUAUAUAUAAACACGUGUAUAUACUUUAUAGUAGUAGUAUACAUUUACAUAUUAAUGUGUGUAAUAAAAACGUUUAAAUACGAUGAUGAUGAUAAGAAAUAGCUGGAAAAAAUUAAUACAUCACCCAGGCCUUAUGUCACGUUGGUUGUAAGUUGUAUAAUAACUAUAUGUUGGUCCGUCGCACAGGUGCACAGAUAUAAUACUAUUUUUUUCAUUUCAAUUUUUUUUUCUUUCUUAAUCGCCAAAUAGUAGUUUACACUUUUUCCUGAAGAGUUUUUAUUUUUUGAAAAUCUACUAAUGAUUAUAUUUAAUUAAAUUUUGUUUUGUUCUCACGAAAAUAUUGUUUUUUUAAUAAACAGGAUAGAGUUGGGAAUUUAUUUGUACCUACUUUUUCCCAUUUUAUUUGCUUUGAACAAAUGAGUCCAACAUUUCUCUUUUCGUCUUCUCUUUCCUAUCCCAUCUAAAUCAAAACUGAUCAAAAUACCUCGAAAUUUUAAAUUAAAUCACCAUCCAUCAAAGCUAUUAUAGUGUAGAAAUUUUAAAGUUUUUUCUUUGGACAACAAUUGAUUUCCAUCUACACUACAUAUGAUAUGACUCUUGAAUCAAUCAUAGUUUUUAUUUCAGUCUGCUGAUUAGUUUUUUUCUUUUCUUUUAAAAGGGUAAAAAAUCGGUAGUUUCGAAUAAUUUUGAGUAUGUGAAAAUUCAUUAUUUUUGGGUUGGUUAUUCAAUAACAAAUUAAUUUGUGAUUGUGAUGUCUUUUUUAUGCAAGGCUCUUUUUUCUUGCUUUCAAUUAGUGGGUCCUUUGUUUCCUACAAUCAUCUCCAAUUCUUCUGUUUGCUUAUAUCAUUUUGUAUGAUCUUCAAGAAGAAAGAUAAACGACUCCGAAGAAAGAUUUAAGUUAUUGUUGUUCAUACAAAAAGAAGGUUGUAAAGUUGUUGACGUGGACAAAAGUAUUGCCAUAUUUUUCCAGCCUCGAAGAAAUUUCCCUUCUUCUUCAAACCCUAAAUUUUGACAAAACUCUCUACUUUUUUUUGCUUCUAGGGUUUGCUUUCAGUUUCCGGAGUAUAAGAAAAGAUGUUCGAGCCAAAUAUGCUGCUUGCGGCUAUGAACAACGCAGACAGCAAUAACCACAACUACAACCAUGAAGACAACAAUAAUGAAGGAUUUCUUCGGGACGAUGAAUUCGACAGUCCGAAUACUAAAUCGGGAAGUGAGAAUCAAGAAGGAGGAUCAGGAAACGACCAAGAUCCUCUUCAUCCUAACAAGAAGAAACGAUAUCAUCGACACACCCAACUUCAGAUCCAGGAGAUGGAAGCGUUCUUCAAAGAGUGUCCUCACCCAGAUGACAAGCAAAGGAAACAGCUAAGCCGUGAAUUGAAUUUGGAACCUCUUCAGGUCAAAUUCUGGUUCCAAAACAAACGUACCCAAAUGAAGAAUCAUCACGAGCGGCAUGAGAACUCACAUCUUCGGGCGGAGAACGAAAAGCUUCGAAACGACAACCUAAGAUAUCGAGAGGCUCUUGCAAAUGCUUCGUGUCCUAAUUGUGGUGGUCCAACAGCUAUCGGAGAAAUGUCAUUCGACGAACACCAACUCCGUCUCGAAAAUGCUCGAUUAAGGGAAGAGAUCGACCGUAUAUCCGCAAUCGCAGCUAAAUACGUAGGCAAGCCAGUCUCAAACUAUCCACUUAUGUCUCCUCCUCCUCUUCCUCCACGUCCACUAGAACUCGCCAUGGGAAAUAUUGGAGGAGAAGCUUAUGGAAACAAUCCAAACGAUCUCCUUAAGUCCAUCACUGCACCAACAGAAUCUGACAAACCUGUCAUCAUCGACUUAUCCGUGGCUGCAAUGGAAGAGCUCAUGAGGAUGGUUCAAGUAGACGAGCCUCUGUGGAAGAGUUUGGUUUUAGACGAAGAAGAAUAUGCAAGGACCUUUCCUAGAGGGAUCGGACCUAGACCGGCUGGAUAUAGAUCAGAAGCUUCGCGAGAAAGCGCGGUUGUGAUCAUGAAUCAUGUUAACAUCGUUGAGAUUCUCAUGGAUGUGAAUCAAUGGUCGACGAUUUUCGCGGGGAUGGUUUCUAGAGCAAUGACAUUAGCGGUUUUAUCGACAGGAGUUGCAGGAAACUAUAAUGGAGCUCUUCAAGUGAUGAGUGCAGAGUUUCAAGUUCCAUCUCCAUUAGUCCCAACACGUGAAACCUAUUUCGCACGUUACUGUAAACAACAAGGAGAUGGUUCGUGGGCGGUUGUCGAUAUUUCGUUGGAUAGUCUCCAACCAAAUCCCCCGGCUAGAUGCAGGCGGCGAGCUUCAGGAUGUUUGAUUCAAGAAUUGCCAAAUGGAUAUUCUAAGGUGACUUGGGUGGAGCAUGUGGAAGUUGAUGACAGAGGAGUUCAUAACUUAUACAAACACAUGGUUAGUACUGGUCAUGCCUUUGGUGCUAAACGCUGGGUAGCCAUUCUUGACCGCCAAUGCGAGCGGUUAGCUAGUGUCAUGGCUACAAACAUUUCCUCUGGAGAAGUUGGCGUGAUAACCAACCAAGAAGGGAGGAGGAGUAUGCUGAAAUUGGCAGAGCGGAUGGUUAUAAGCUUUUGUGCAGGAGUGAGUGCUUCAACCGCUCACACGUGGACUACAUUGUCCGGUACAGGAGCUGAAGAUGUUAGAGUGAUGACUAGGAAGAGUGUGGAUGAUCCAGGAAGGCCUCCUGGUAUUGUUCUUAGUGCAGCCACUUCUUUUUGGAUCCCUGUUCCUCCAAAGCGAGUCUUUGACUUCCUCAGAGACGAGAAUUCAAGAAAUGAGUGGGAUAUUCUGUCUAAUGGAGGAGUUGUGCAAGAAAUGGCACAUAUUGCUAACGGGAGGGAUACCGGAAACUGUGUUUCUCUUCUUCGGGUAAAUAGUGCAAACUCUAGCCAGAGCAAUAUGCUGAUCCUACAAGAGAGCUGCACUGAUCCUACAGCUUCCUUUGUGAUCUAUGCUCCAGUCGAUAUUGUAGCUAUGAACAUAGUGCUUAAUGGAGGUGAUCCAGACUAUGUGGCUCUGCUUCCAUCAGGUUUUGCUAUUCUUCCUGAUGGUAAUGCCAAUAGUGGAGCCCCUGGAGGAGAUGGAGGGUCGCUCUUGACUGUUGCUUUUCAGAUUCUGGUUGACUCAGUUCCUACGGCUAAGCUGUCUCUUGGCUCUGUUGCAACUGUCAACAAUCUAAUAGCUUGCACUGUUGAGAGAAUCAAAGCUUCAAUGUCUUGUGAGACUGCUUGA